UCAAAGCGAGUUCUCUCUCUCUCUCCCUCUCCCUCUCAUACUUGAAGACCUUUCUGAUCUCUCUUCUCAGCUUCAAGAUAUUCUAUUUAAAAAUCCAUUUUUGUUUUCUAUUUUAAUUUUUUUUAAUUCCUGUGAAGAACAAAAAUGUGGCAAGUUCUAGUAGCAGCGGCCGCCGCCGCAGGAUCUGGGCUUCUAGCCAAGAAGCUAAUACUGAACCCCAGUUCAGGUUCCGAUCAAAAUGUUGAAGAAAAUGUUCAAAACGACGACGCAUUAGAAGAAAACCAGAGUCUUGGAAAAACGGAGUCUUUUAGAGAUGGCGGCAGAGUUUUCAGGUUUUCGAGUCCGGAUUGGGGGACCAAGGAAUUGAAGAGGGCUUCUCGAAAUGGGUUCAGAGGGGUUAAGAAAAACAGAGGCUUAAAGAGAGGGAAGAAAAAAUGGGCGGCCGACGGUAGUGGAGAAAAUGAGGCGGCGGCGUCAGGUGGCGGAGGAAAUGGGGUUGGGAAGAAAGUCUCUGUCUGUUUGAAAAAGAGGCGAAUUGGGAGGCAUGUUGGUGGAAAGUGUGAAUCUUGUGCAUCUAAAGAUAAUACCUUUGGAUGGGGAGUUAGUGUUGGAAUAAUGUACAUGAUGUCAGCUGGAAAUGCAGAAAUUAGUAGGAUGAACUGUACAAUAGACGAGACUGCAAAAACCGUACAUGAACUGAAAGCAGAGAUCUCUAGAAGGAAAAGCUCGCUAGAUAAGAAUAAGACAUUCCUCGCAAUAAAUUGUGACAGCCCAUCUUUCACUAAGUUUGAUGGGAAGAGGAAAGUCGAUUUAAUAACUUUGGGCCCUGCUUUGGUUGAGGAAAAUGAAUGUGGUGGUGUAAGUAGUUUUAAAGAAGACGAGCAGCCUGAGGUGAUGGAAAUGGAUCGUUUGGAAGCAGAGUUUGAAUCGGAACUACAAAAACUGUGUUCAACGGGAGCUUCUGCUUCUGGUUCUGAAGAAAAAAUGGCCAUGUUUGAGGAUGAAGCUUUGACAAGGCAAUACCAGAUAAAGAAUUUCGAGCAUUUAAACUCGUUCGAAGGCAAUGGGGUACUACCUACUGAGCUUGAUGAGAAACUGCGCAAUUUGCUACUCGAGCAACAGGAAAAUCACAUAGUGGAGUUAGAGGCCGAGUUGCAAGACGUGCAUUCUAAACUAAACGAGAAAGAAGCUGAGCUAAAGGCACUAAAAGAUUGCGUUAAACGUCUAACUCAAUUUUCUCUCACAAAUGCUUCAGAUGAAGAAACUGAAAACCAUGAGGAAGGUUUGAAAGCAAGAACAGAUGGGGUUGAUCGGACAGUGGAGUUUGAAUCAACAGAAUUAACGGUCGGGAUGAAACGAAAUCUGGGCUUUGAUUCUUACAUUUGUUCAGAAAAUUGACACUGUUUUUCUUUUCCAAUGUCAUAACUCAUGAAAAUAUUUUAUUGGGUGCUUACUCUUGCUUUUCUCUAUGUAAUGGUCCCCUCACUCUCCAAGCACAAAUAUAAAUUAUGAAAAGAGAAAAAAGAAAUUUUGUAUAUUAAAUUAAUUCUCC